ACAGCGGCGCAACUUGGCAGACCAGGAAUCAACUCGUUUACUCCUUUCAGAUCCUCCAGGAUCAAAGACUACUCUCCCCUCUCUUCAUUCCUUUCGUUUUCGGUCAAACGGCUCAACCUUCAUUCGCAGUUAAAUCACCCGAUAGAACCACAUCUUCAUCCUCUUACACACACACUCUCUCUCUCUCUCUCUCACUCUCUCACUCUCUCUCUAUCUCUCUAUCUCGACCUGCCUGAUUCUGGACUGGCCUUAUUAUUCCCACCUCCUCCACUCUUUUUUAUCGUCUUGCCGCCUUCCUGAUCAUCCUUUGCUUCAUUCAGAACAGGGCGCAUUUCCCUCGUUCCACUCACUACUGCAACAUCAACCACCUCCUCGCCUACUACCUAUACAUCCGAGUCACAACUCGGCUCAACAUCUUCCGCCAUGCGCUACUCUCCCUUGACAAACCUCUUGGCGGGAUCCGCUGUCUGGGCCACCUCCUGCAGCGCCGUCACGCUCUACGCCGCCGACUCGGGCGGAAAUGUGACCACCCUCUCGUUGACGGGAUCCGGCGACACCUACAGCUUAUCCGUCGCCUCCAAGACGGCCGAGUGCGAUGUCAACCCGUCCUGGCUCACCCUGGACGCCGCCAACAGGGUCCUCUACUGCCUCGACCGGGGCUCUAACUCGGUCCCCAACGGCUCCCUAAACUCCUUCUCCAUCGGGGAUGGGGGUGCCCUGACCCGCAUCGCUCGGGUCUCGGCGCCCUUCAGCGGUGUCGCUGGCGAGAUUGUGACGACCGAGUCUGGAGCUCGCGGAUACGUCUCUUGCUCGUACAACCGAAGCGCAGCCGCCGUCUUCGCCCUGGGCGACAACGGCGCCCUCCCGGGCACGGGGCCGCUUCAGGAGUUCUUCCCGACCCUCGAGGCCCCCGGCCCCGUCACCUCCCGCCAGGACACGAGCUACCUGCACCACGUCAUCGUCGACCCCAAGAACCAGUACGUCCUGCUCGCUGACCUCGGCGGCGACCGCGUCCGCGUCUACACCAAGGACCCGGACAACAUCGCCCCCAUCACCGAGGUCGACGGCCUCGUCACGGGCCCCGGCGUCGGCCCCCGCCACGGCGUCUUCAAGACCGCCGCCAACGGCGACAUCUUCUUCUUCUUCAACGGCGAGCUCGACCAGAACAUCUACUCGUACAAGGUCGAGUACACCCCCACCGGCCUCGCCUUCACAAAGGUCUUCUCCAUCCCCUCCGUCAACGCGGACUACCCUGCGACCAAGGCUCCGACAAGCGAGAUUGCCAUCACUCCCGACCAGAAGUUCAUCAUCGUCUCCAACCGCGAUGUGUCUUUCCGCGACUCGCCCGUCCUCGGCUCUGGUCCCUCCGACACCAUGUCGACCUUUGCCAUCAAGGAGGACGGCACCCUCGAGCUCGUCCAGCUCGCUCCCUCCGGCGGCUGGUCCCCUCGCCAGUUCUCCAUCAACAAGGCCGGCGACCUCCUGGCCAUCGGCCACCAGAACAACCGCACCGUUGUCAUCUGGAAGCGCGACCUCGUCUCGGGCAAGAUCAUCCCCGAGGCCGAGGGCGGCAAGGUCGGCCAGGUCACCCUCACCGGCGCCGUCGUCGCCACCAUCUUUGAUGAGUAGAAGACGUGCGACAGCCCAGAUGACAAGAAUCGUCAAUCGUAACCCCGUCCGAGGGUGGGUUCCCAAUGGUAAAUUUCACCUGCUAGAGGAAUCCUUGGAAGACGAGCGCUUCGAGUCAGGCGCAUAGUGGUGACGAGAAGAUUGUUUCGAUACCCUAACCUAGAGAACAAACGAUAUUUCGCAUGAAUCAGUAUCCUUGUACCAAUGAUGAUCUAUUUCUAUGCUUUGCUCCAGAAGCGGCGUGACCCUCAAUUUACACUGAGGUGUUGGGAAGAUGGCGCGCAAGCCCAUGGCGAUCUGUGUUUUAUGUUGACUUUGUCACUUGCUCCCACUUUCCUCGUUUGUCAACUUGUAGCAAUUCUAGAUGAAAUGAAAUAAAUCUUUCUUUCUUUCUUUCUUUCUUUCUUUCCUUUUCGACCAGCACAAUCAUGGUGCGAGGUCGCCCUAGUGCUGAAAGCCAACCAAAUCAAGUCGAGAAC